AUGGCGGCCAUCCAAGCCCUGCAGCAGUGGUGCAAGAAGCAGUGCGAAGGCUACCCCGGCGUGCAGGUCAGCAACAUGACCUCCUCCUUCCGCGACGGCUUGGCCUUCUGCGCGAUCCUCCACCGGCACCGGCCCGAGCUGAUCGACUUCUCCGCCCUGCGCAAAGAAAACGUCUUUGAAAACAACCAAUUGGCUUUCCAGGUGGCGGAGAAGGAGCUGGGGAUCCCUGCCUUGCUGGACGCGGAGGACAUGGUGGCCCUCAAAGUCCCCGACCGGCUGAGCAUCCUCACCUACGUUUCGCAGUAUUACAAUUAUUUCCAUGGCCGGUCUCCGAUUGGAGGGAUGUCUGGGAUCAAACGCCCCUCGUCCAGCCCUGCUGAGGAGCCGAUGGAGAAGAAGGCCGUUUCCAAACCGGCCGUGCCGGCUCCGGCCAAACCCUCUCGGAUCCACGUGCCUGCUGAACCCAAGACACAGCCGGCCCUGCAAGAACGAAAUCUGGUGAAGGAGAACCCUCCGGCAUUUGGGAGGCGGAUUUUGGCGGAGACCAGCAACACCCGCAGCAGCGACUGUGCCGUCUGCGGCGCCCAUGUGCACCUGGUACAGCGGCACCUGGAGGACGGGAAGCUCUAUCACAGGAACUGCUUCAGGUGCAAAAAGUGUUCCAACACGCUAACCUCCGGAGCCUACAAAUCCGGGACCGAGCCGGGCACGCUCGUCUGCACCAGACACGAAGAGCCGAACCACCUCCAUGUUUUCCCAUCUUCGAGGGCCGUCGGUGGAGAGAAUAAACCUGCCGGUACGACGUCAGCUUCCGGGAUGCAUUCGACAGCGCCGGAAUCCAAGAAGCCGACACAGGAGCCCCUUAAAACAAAUCAGGUGCUUCGGGACAGCAACGUCACCAAACCGUCACCUUGGGAACCUUCCUAUCCGGGAACAAAUAAAUCCAACUCUGUUUCCACCAGCCUUAGUGCACGCCGCACCGAUCCCGUUGGGGGUAAAACGGACCGUCCUGAAGCUGCUGCCCCACCGGCCCCUUCUCAUUGGACGGCGUCGUCAGCCAAGACGCAGCAGGCCCGGGAAAUUUUUUUCCAGGCUGGUUUAGGGGCUUCUGGCCUUUCCGCGGACAAAGCAGAGCUGGUUAAAAAUCACGUCUCUCCUGUUAAGGCUCCCGAAACAGCUGGGAAGACACCGUUUCCGGGCGUCAGCGCAUCAGGGGCGAAUUCCGGCAGCAGCGAAAAGGACAGAGCGCGGAGCGUUCUCAUGCAUGCGUUACCUGGUCCUUCGACAACCGAGCAAAAAGCUUCCCCUAGUGGUCGGCCCGGCUCGUUGGGGGUCUGUAGCGGCGGGUCGUCCCCUGCCCCCUCUGGCCUUCAACGGCCAGAGGCGAAGGACGCCGCCAGCAUCUCGAGACCUUCCGGCGGGCUGAGCGGCUCAGAGAAACCAGGGCACACGCCGCGGAGGGCCGCUGCCCCGAAUUCGCCCAAGGACCCGCGCCACGCGGUGGGAACGGCCGCCCGGAACCCGCCGAAGGAUCAGCCCAUUAGCAGGCCUGUGGAUGCUAGGCUGAAAGGGGAUAUUAAGGUCACCAAAGCGGGCGGCACGGCUGUUACGGAAGAGAGGUCGGAGAGCCCCGCAGACUGGCGAUCCAGGCUGAAGCCGGUGGGCCCCAAAUUUUCCCACUCCGGAGAUGACCGAAACGCUCCAAAGCCUGCCGACGGCCACAAGUCGGUUCUCAACGUAGCCCCAAGUUCAGCGCCCAAAGAAAAAAAGCCAGCUUCUCCAAAAGUCUUCCUGGCAGUCCAGACCCCCGCGCCGUCGGCCGAUCGGCCGCAGAAGAAGAAACUGUUGGUGCCCCCCUCGGAGAUCACCAGCAGCUGGCAGGAGCCCAGGCAACGGUGGGCAGAUGCCCCGGACCCCCGGAAGUCCGAGGAGCCAGGCUGGCCAAAGAAAGCCACUGCAUCUAUUAAACCGUCUGCUCCUGAACCCUUCCUGAAGUUUCCGAACAGUCCUGCGGUGUCUCCUUCCAAGCUCUCCUCGGAUUACAUCCCCGAGGAAGAAAUCCAGAUGGAGGUCCAGCGGAUCGAGAGAGAUCUGGACGAGCUGGAGCUGAAAGGGGUGGACAUGGAGAAGCAGCUGCGGAACUGCGAGGGAGAUGACCGCGAGGAUGCCCUGAUGGUGGAAUGGUUCAAGCUUAUCCAUGAGAAGCAGCUGCUCUUGAGGCGGGAGUCGGAGCUUAUGUACAGGUCCAGGCAACAAAAACUGGAGGAGAAGCAGUGGGAUACGGAGACGGAGCUCCGGAACCUCAUGAAUAAGCCCGAAUCCUUGAAGACCCCCAAAGAAAAGGCCCAAGAGGAAGAGUUGCUCAAAUCCUAUCUGGCCAUCGUCGAUGGUCGGAAUGAAAUUGUGGAGAACCUGGAUGAGGACCGAAUCAGGGAGCUGGAAGAGGACAAAGAGAUGGCGGCCCUGAUCCAGAAGCUUGAUGUGCCUCGUAGCAACCAGGAAGGUGAAAAGAAAAAAGUCAAGUUCGGCUUGUUCAAAACGCUGCAACUGAAAAUCAAGAGCUAG